AAGGAUAAAAAAGGCAACCGAUGCGCCUUUUUAAAUGUGAACACAAUCACAGGUGAUAUGUGCAAAAGAAAUCCUAGAGAGGUUGAAGAUCACAUUUUAAGUUUAGCGACUCAUCAUAUCGAUAAAGAUUUCAUUCUUGCACCGCAUUUGGCUGACGACCAUUGGUCUUUGUUCAUCAUCGCCCAACACACAAGACAUGUGUAUAUUUUGGAUUCAACAAAGAUAAAAGGCGAAAAGAAUGCUUCUAACUAUCGUCUUUCAAGCCUAAUUGCUACCGCCUUAGGAUCCGAGUUCAACUACACAAUGGUUGAUUGUAAGCAACAAAAGGGUGGAUGGGAAUGCGGCUACAUGGUUCUCCAACAUAUGUUUGACUUUGUCAAUUUGUAUCAAAACCAGUUUCCCGAUGAAAUGUGGCACGACACGAGAGAGGCAACGGAUAAUGAGAUAGAUGUUUUGUUGAUGACGUUGAUGCCGAAGUUUUUUAGGGAGUUAGGUAUUUCGUUAGAUUAGCGUAUGUAGUUUAUUUAUGCAAUAUAACGUAGCUUGUUAUGUAUUCACAAAUGAUUGUAAUUUGACGGUUUAUUUCCGAAUUGGAUGUCUACGGGUUUA